AGAAAAGCCUCAGCCGCAGCCGGCGAUGUGUGAAGUUCCCAGCACGCACUCAGCCCGGCUGCUCCUCACCCUCAAUUGUUGAUGAGCCUGGGCGCUCGUCAACACACGGGAGAGAUCCCAUUUUGCUUUCUGGGAGAAAGAGAUGAGAAAUGAGCUGCGGAAGGUAUUUGGCAAUGAGAAGACGGAAAGGCAGUUUCUUGCCAGCAGCUAAGUUGUAGAAUUGCUUCGGAGGCUACCCAGGGAGCGCGAUAGAAUUGACAAGAAAAGAACAGACACCGUUGCAGACCAAGGCAUGCCUGAUUGCACGAGUCGGAUCCCUGGGAUGCAGCUUCCACUCCUGCUCUAACUAUUUGUGACUGAAUAAAGGAAACGAGACUAGAAACACAAUCGCAAGUGGUGUUCCUAAAAGGAAAACACGUAUACUCCAAAAGGAGGAGAGGAACAACCCAGCUGGCGUGCACAUGUUUUUUUAAAGGAGAAUCCCUCAGACACUACAUGGAGUUGUGUGGAAAUGACAGAGAUUCAUGAAACACCUCCUCCAGGAAAGAAUGUCUUUCAUAGAUGGAGCUUUGCUUCUGGUUUGCACAGGACAGCGACAAUGUGGCAGAGCCACGCCUGCCCUUCCUGCUCCUUCCAGUGAUUCACAGAACAUCUGAACAGUGAUGCUUGCCUUGGAUUUUCAGAUUUUCAUCCUGAUACUUGUUUACUUUUCUGGGGCAGAAAAGCUUGCACUAAUUGCUCUCCAUGGUGGCUAAUUUUUUCAAGAGCUUGAUUUUACCUUACAUUCAUAAGCUUUGCAAAGGAAUGUUUACAAAGAAAUUGGGAAAUACAAACAAAAAAAAAGAGUAUCGUCAGCAGAGAAAGGAUCAAGACUUUCCUACUGCUGGCCAGACCAAAUCCCCCAAAUUUUCUUAUAACUUUAAAAGCACUGUAAAGAAGAUUGCAAAGUGUUCAUCUACUCACAACUUAUCCACUGAGGAAGACGAGGCUAGUAAAGAGUUUUCCCUCUCGCCAACAUUCAGUUACCGAGUAGCUAUUGCCAAUGGCCUACAAAAGAAUACUAAAGUAACGAACAGUGAUAAUGAGGAUCUGCUUCAAGAGCUGUCUUCAAUUGAGAGUUCCUACUCAGAAUCAUUAAAUGAACUAAGGAGUAGCACAGAAAACCAGGCAGAAUCAACACACACAAUGCCUGUUAGACGCAACAGAAAGAGUUCAAGCAGCCUUGCACCCUCUGAGGGCAGCUCUGAUGGUGAGCGUACUCUACACAGCCUAAAACUGGGGGCUUUGCGAAAACUGAGAAAAUGGAAAAAGAGUCAAGAGUGUGUCUCCUCAGACUCCGAGUUAAGCACCAUGAAAAAAUCCUGGGGAAUAAGAAGCAAGUCUUUGGACAGAACUAUCCGAAACCCAAAGACAAAUGCCCUGGAGCCAGGGUUCAGUUCCUCUGGCUGCAUUAGCCAAACACAUGAUGUCAUGGAAAUGAUCUUUAAGGAACUUCAGGGAAUAAGUCAGAUUGAAACAGAACUUUCUGAACUACGAGGGCAUGUCAAUGCUCUCAAGCAUUCCAUCGAUGAGAUCUCUAGCAGUGUGGAGGUUGUACAAAGUGAAAUUGAGCAGCUACGUACAGGGUUUGUCCAGUCCCGGAGGGAAACAAGAGACAUCCAUGAUUAUAUUAAGCACUUAGGUCAUAUGGGUAGCAAGGCAAGCCUGAGAUUUUUAAAUGUGCCUGAAGACAGAUUUGAAUAUGUUGAAAGUGUGGUGUACCAAAUUCUAAUAGAUAAAAUGGGUUUUUCAGAUGCACCAAAUGCUAUUAAAAUUGAAUUUGCUCAGAGGAUAGGACACCAGAGGGACUGUCCAAAUGCAAAGCCUCGACCCAUACUUGUGUACUUUGAAACCCCUCAGCAAAGGGAUUCUGUCUUAAAAAAAUCAUAUAAACUCAAAGGAACAGGCAUUGGAAUUUCAACAGAUAUUCUAACUCAUGACAUCAGAGAAAGAAAAGAGAAAGGGAUACCAUCCUCCCAGACAUAUGAGAGUAUGGAUAUGAAGUUGUCUACUCCAGAGCCAAAAAUCAAGAACAAUUGGCAGUCACCUGAUGACAGUGAUGAAGAUCUUGAAUCUGACCUCAAUAGAAACAGUUACGCUGUGCUUUCCAAGUCAGAGCUUCCAACAAAGGGAAGUACUUCCAAGCCAAGCUCAAAAUCACACAGUGCUAGAUCCAAGAAUAAAACUGCUAAUAGCAGCAGAAUUUCAAAUAAAUCAGAUUAUGAUAAAAUCUCCUCACAGUUGCCAGAAUCAGAUAUCUUGGAAAAGCAAACCACAACCCAUUAUGCAGAUGCAACACCUCUCUGGCACUCACAGAGUGAUUUUUUCACUGCUAAACUUAGUCGUUCUGAAUCAGAUUUUUCCAAAUUGUGUCAGUCUUACUCAGAGGAUUUUUCAGAAAAUCAGUUUUUCACUAGAACUAAUGGAAGCUCUCUCCUGUCAUCUUCGGACCGGGAGCUAUGGCAAAGGAAACAGGAAGGAACAGCGACCCUGUAUGACAGUCCCAAGGACCAGCAUUUGAAUGGAAGCGUUCAGGGUAUCCAAGGGCAGACUGAAAUUGAAAACACAGAAACUGUGGAUAGUGGAAUGAGUAAUGGCAUGGUGUGUGCAUCUGGAGACCGGAGUCAUUACAGUGAUUCUCAGCUCUCUUUACAUGAGGAUCUUUCUCCAUGGAAGGAAUGGAAUCAAGUAGAGCAAGGAGCUGAUUUAGGCUUGGAUUCAUCCACCCAGGAAGGUUUUGAUUAUGAAACAAAUAGUCUUUCUGACCAACAGCUGGGUGUUUACAAUAAAGACCUAGAAUACUUGGGAAAGUGCCACAGUGAUCUUCAAGAUGACUCAGAGAGCUACGACUUAACUCAAGAUGACAACUCUUCUCCAUGCCCUGGCUUGGAUAAUGAACCACAAGGCCAAUGGGUUGGCCAAUAUGAUUCUUAUCAGGGAGCUAAUUCUAAUGAGCUUUACCAAAAUCAAAACCAGUUGUCCGUGAUGUAUGGAAGUCAAAGUGAAUUGCAAAGUGAUGAUUCAGAGGAUGCCCCACCCAAAUCAUGGCAUAGUCGAUUAAGCAUUGACCUUUCUGAUAAGACUUUCAGCUUUCCAAAAUUUGGAUCUACACUGCAGAGGGCUAAAUCAGCCUUGGAAGUAGUAUGGAACAAAAGCACACAGAGUCUGAGUGGGUAUGAGGACAGUGGCUCUUCAUUAAUGGGGAGAUUUCGGACAUUAUCUCAAUCAACUGCAAAUGAGUCAAGUACCACACUUGACUCUGAUGUCUACACGGAGCCCUAUUACUAUAAAGCAGAGGAUGAGGAGGAUUAUACUGAACCAGUGGCUGAUAAUGAAACAGAUUAUGUUGAAGUGAUGGAACAAGUCCUUGCUAAACUAGAAAACAGGACUAGUAUUGCUGAAACAGAUGAACAAAUGCAAGAAUAUGAUCACCUUUUAUAUGAAACACCUUAUGAAACCCCACAAGAUGAGGGUUAUGAUGGUCCGGCAGAUGAUAUGGUUAGUGAAGAGGGAUUAGAACCCUUAAAUGAAACAUCAGCUGAGAUAGAAAUAAGAGAAGAUGAAAACCAAAACAUUCCUGAACAGCCAGUGGAGAUCACAAAGCCAAAGAGAAUUCGUCCUUCUUUCAAAGAAGCAGCUUUAAGGGCCUAUAAAAAACAAAUGGCAGAGUUGGAAGAGAGGAUCUUGGCUGGAGAUAGCAGUUCUGUGGAUGAAAAGGCUCGAAUAGUAAGCGGCAAUGAUGUGGAUGCUUCCAAAUUCUCUGCACUCCAGGUGUGUGGUGGGGCAGGAGGUGGACUUUACGGUAUUGACAGCAUGCCAGAUCUCCGCAGAAAAAAAACUUUGCCUAUUGUCCGAGAUGUGACCCUGGCCGCCAGGAAAUCUGGACUUUCCCUGGCUAUGGUGAUUAGGACAUCCCUAAAUAAUGAGGAACUGAAAAUGCACGUCUUCAAGAAGACCUUGCAGGCAUUGAUCUACCCUAUGUCUUCUACCACCCCACACAAUUUUGAGGUCUGGACAGCUACCACGCCCACCUACUGUUAUGAGUGUGAAGGUCUCCUGUGGGGCAUUGCAAGGCAAGGCAUGAAGUGUCUGGAGUGUGGAGUGAAAUGCCACGAAAAGUGUCAGGACCUGCUAAACGCUGACUGCUUGCAGAGAGCAGCAGAAAAGAGUUCUAAACAUGGUGCUGAAGACAAGACUCAGACCAUUAUUACGGCAAUGAAAGAAAGAAUGAAGAUCAGGGAGAAAAACCGGCCGGAAGUGUUUGAAGUAAUCCAGGAAAUGUUUCAGAUUUCUAAAGAAGAUUUUGUGCAGUAUACAAAGGCGGCCAAACAGAGUGUACUGGAUGGGACAUCCAAGUGGUCUGCAAAGAUAACCAUUACAGUGGUUUCUGCACAAGGUCUACAGGCAAAAGAUAAAACAGGGUCUAGUGAUCCGUAUGUUACAGUUCAAGUUGGAAAGAACAAAAGAAGAACAAAAACCAUUUUUGGAAACUUGAAUCCAGUAUGGGAUGAGAAGUUUUAUUUUGAGUGUCAUAACUCCACAGAUCGAAUCAAAGUCAGAGUAUGGGAUGAAGAUGAUGAUAUUAAAUCCAGAGUCAAGCAACAUUUCAAAAAGGAGUCAGAUGAUUUUCUGGGACAAACAAUUGUAGAAGUGAGGACCUUGAGUGGAGAAAUGGAUGUCUGGUACAACUUAGAGAAAAGGACAGAUAAGUCAGCUGUAUCUGGGGCCAUACGAUUGAAAAUCAAUGUGGAGAUAAAAGGAGAAGAGAAGGUUGCUCCAUAUCAUAUUCAAUAUACCUGUUUACAUGAGAAUCUGUUCCAUUACUUGACUGAAGUGAAAUCUAAUGGUGGAGUGAAAAUCCCAGAAGUCAAAGGGGAUGAAGCCUGGAAGGUUUUCUUUGAUGAUGCUUCCCAGGAAAUAGUUGAUGAAUUUGCUAUGCGUUAUGGAAUUGAAUCCAUUUAUCAAGCUAUGACGCACUUUUCAUGUCUGUCUUCUAAAUACAUGUGCCCUGGUGUCCCUGCUGUCAUGAGCACCUUGCUGGCUAAUAUAAAUGCUUUUUAUGCUCACACAACAAUUUCAACAAAUGUGCAGGUUUCUGCUUCAGAUCGAUUUGCUGCUACCAACUUUGGUAGGGAAAAAUUCAUAAAACUACUGGACCAGUUGCAUAACUCUCUGAGGAUUGAUCUGUCAAAGUAUAGGGAAAACUUUCCUGCAAGCAAUACUGAAAGACUGCAAGACCUGAAAUCAACUGUUGACCUGUUAACAAGUAUCACCUUUUUUAGGAUGAAGGUUCUGGAGCUGCAAAGCCCCCCAAAAGCAAGCAUGGUGGUGAAAGACUGUGUAAGGGCUUGCCUGGAUUCUACAUACAAGUAUAUUUUUGACAAUUGCCAUGAACUCUACUCCCAGCUAAUAGACCCGAGUAAGAAACAGGACAUUCCUCGUGAAGAUCAGGGACCAACCACCAAGAAUUUGGAUUUUUGGCCCCAACUUAUUACACUGAUGGUCACUAUUAUUGAUGAGGAUAAAACUGCCUACACACCUGUCCUGAAUCAGUUUCCUCAAGAGCUGAACAUGGGAAAAAUAAGUGCUGAAAUUAUGUGGACUCUUUUUGCUCUGGACAUGAAAUAUGCAUUAGAAGAACAUGAAAAUCAGCGGUUAUGCAAGAGCACCGAUUAUAUGAACUUGCAUUUCAAAGUUAAAUGGUUUUAUAAUGAAUAUGUGCGUGAACUUCCCGCCUUCAAGGAUGCUGUUCCUGAAUACUCCUUGUGGUUUGAACCUUUUGUCAUGCAGUGGCUAGAUGAAAACGAAGAUGUGUCGAUGGAAUUCCUUCAUGGAGCACUGGGAAGAGACAAAAAAGAUGGAUUCCAGCAGACAUCUGAGCAUGCCCUCUUUUCUUGCUCCGUGGUCGACGUCUUUGCUCAGCUGAAUCAGAGCUUUGAGAUUAUUAAGAAACUGGAAUGCCCUAAUCCUGAAGCAUUAUCUCACUUAAUGAGAAGAUUUGCAAAGACUAUCAAUAAAGUGCUGCUCCAGUAUGCUGCAAUUGUAUCAAGUGAUUUCAGUUCAUAUUGUGAUAAGGAAAAUGUGCCCUGUAUCUUGAUGAACAAUAUUCAACAAUUGCGGGUCCAGCUGGAAAAAAUGUUUGAAUCCAUGGGAGGGAAAGAGCUAGAUUCUGAAGCUAGUACUAUUCUAAAAGAACUUCAGGUUAAGCUCAGUGGAGUCCUGGAUGAGCUCAGCAUCACUUACGGUGAAAGUUUCCAGGUUAUAAUUGAAGAGUGUAUAAAACAGAUGAGUUUUGAACUAAAUCAAAUGAGAGCAAAUGGAAACACCACAUCUAAUAAGAACAGUGCAGCAAUGGAUGCAGAGAUUGUGUUAAGACCUCUCAUGGAUUUUUUGGACAAAACAUUAAGUCUCUCAGCAAAAAUCUGUGAGAAAACAGUCCUAAAGCGAGUUUUGAAAGAGUUAUGGAAGCUAGUUCUCAAUAAAAUAGAAAAACAAAUCGUUCUUCCUCCUCUGACAGAUCAAACAGUAAGUAUAUAAAGUUUAGUUAUGCUUCCAAUAACCCGUCUGUUUUUGGUUUAAGUGAAUGGUUUUCAUGCAGAUGAAAUACUAAUUAAAUCCCUUUUGGGAAAAAGUGUUUGUUAUCCAGUUUCUUAGCA